AUGACGAUCGUACCUUCUAAACUCAAAGUAACAGAACUACGUGAAGAGUUGGACAAGAGAGGAAUCAAAACCACUGGGUUAUUGAAAGCUGCUCUGGUUGAAAAGCUCGAACAAGUACUCAAAGAAGAAGAAGAGAAAGGAACUACAACAACAACAGCUACCACUACUACAGAGAAACAAGAAGAUAAUAAAGAGAAAGAAGAAGAACAAACAAAUAAAGAUAGCAAUGACAAUGACAACAAGGUUGGUGGUCAAGAAGAUGCUGAUAUGAAAGAGUCAUCAUUAGAUAAACCAGAAGCGGUUGCUGGUGAUAAAAAGAGAAAGGAUAUGGAAAAGAAUGAUGAUGAUGAUAAUAACAAGAACGAUUCAAAAGUAGAUCAAGAAGAGGUAGAAGAACCUAAACAACCAUCGACUAAAACAAAAAAGUUAAAUGAAGAUGAUGUAGAUUAUGCUGUAGAUUAUAGUGAUAGUGAUUCAGAUGUCACUACUAAGAAACAAUCAACUACAACUACAACUACUACUAAACCAACAACAUCAACAACUAUAACUUCACCAACACCAACUACUACAUCUACUGCAACUAAUGAAAAACCAUUGUCAUCAACUACCUCUACCUCUACCUCUACUACAUCUACAACCAAUACAAAAACAUCAUCGCCAUCUCCUUCAUCAUCUUUAUCAUCAUCAACCAACAACACCAACACAAUUCAACAAGAGACAAGACAAUCAGUACCACCAAGUACACGUAAUAUUACCAAUAUAUUGUUUAUUGACAAGUUUGUAAGACCACUUAAAGAGAGUGCUUGCAAAGAUAUGUUGGCAGAGACUGGAAAUAUUGUCGAUUUUUGGAUGAACAAUAUUAAAUCCUAUUGUUAUGUUUCCUAUACGACAGAGGAUGAAGCUGCCAAGACAAGAGAGGCUGUCUAUGGAUUGGUGUGGCCUCCACAAAACAGAUCACCCCUCACUGCUGAAUUUGUCACACAGGAGGAGGCUGAAAAGGUCAAGAGUGGUUCUGCCCAACCUAAAGAAGCUCAUCCUGCCACCUUUCCUGCAUCACCCGUCUUACCAUCAAACAAAACAAAGAAACAACAACCACAAACAAAACCACAACAAAUUAAUAAUAAUAAUAAUAAUAAUACAAAUGCCAAUAGUAAUAAUAAUAAUACCAAUAACACCAAUACUAGUAAUAUUAAAAAAGAGAAAAAUAUUAAUAAUAAUAAUAAUAACAACACCAACAACAACAAUAAUAACAAUAAUAAUAACAAACCCAAAGAGAAACAAAUUGAUAGUAGAUAUACAGCCACUAAAUCAACACCAAUUAUUCAUUACCGUAUAUUGACAGAGGAUGAAGUUGCACGAAGAUAUAGAGGUCCUUGGGAUAGUGCUAUUAAAAUUAGAGUGAAUUCUACUAUUCAAGAGGCUGAAGAUUUAUACACUAAAUUGAUGAACCCUGAUAAAUUGGUUAGAACUCCUCUACCGAUGGAAUAUAACAAACUCAUGACUAUACAUACAGAGGUGAUGGAUAUUGUAAACAAGACGGUUGCCCAAAUGACUGGUCAUUUGUUGGAUGCUCAACAAUUGGUUGAUAUGACUAAGUCGAUCAAGGUGAGGUUAUGCAACGUUGAAAUGACACAGAGUGUCAACCACCACCCUGAAGAGCUCAAUCAAAUUAAAAUCACAGGUGGUAAACUAUACGAUAUCAUUGAAUCCUUCUACAAAACCAAAGAUCAAUUUAUAAAGCUAAAAGGGUACACUAAAGAUCUCAAAGAUUCAAAAGAGUUGAAUGCAGUGCUCACAUUGCAAAAUCGUGGCAUGCAACAAAGAAAAAAAGAAAUGGAGGAUACGUUGGUCAGCCAAAGAAUAGAGUUUAACGAUACCGUCGCAACUUUGGAGAAACAAUAG